AGUAUUUGAGCGGACCCCGGGCGUGAAUCAAGUAAUUACCCUCCACGUAAUUGUCUUGGCGGGUGCGGUACGUCCUUUCCCUAUGCAUGGAUGGGAGCUCUGGCCGUCUGGAAGCUGAACGUGUUCAUUGAAUGCACCAAAGUUUCACCACUGGCGCAUCUACGAAUUUACGAAUCGAUUGCGCUUCUCCCUCGAAACUGUGUUCUGUUUCGACAAAAGAACUCCUAGCAAACAUCAAGAAAUAUGCGAUUAACUCAGGCAAUCUUGCUGCUUGCGGCGGGCGCUGCACAGGCAGCAUCGUCUUGGAGCUUCGACGACGCCAGUAUCUCGGUUGCUGCCAAGAAAGGCAGUGAUGCUAUCAAGGAGAAGUUCAGUCAAAAGACCCCUCUUACGAAACCCGUUGGACUUGGAAGCACCGAUACUGUCAAGAUCAUCUUGACUGCGAAGGAAGAUGGCAAGGCGAAGCGGCCUCACCAGGCCUUUGUGACCAUCAAAGAACAGGAAACUGGCCUUGAGGCCCCUUUUCCUUUGACAGUUAAGGAUACCGGCAAGGCGGUGGUACAGAUUUCCCAGAAGGAUCUCCCCGUUCAAUUUCUCUUGUCGCCCAAGCCACUCAAGGCCUCCGUGGUCAUCGGUUCGUUCGGUGAAGCUCGCGCUGUCAACACCCCCGUCUUUGAUAUCGAAAUCCAGACGGAUCCCAACACCCCGCUGCCCAAGUAUGAAGCGCCUAUCCGCUACGGCAAGAAGCCUGAGAUUCACCACAUAUUCCGCCCUGAUCCGCAAAGCCCGCCCAAGGUGAUCUCGCUAUUCUUCGCCCUUGCUGUGGCUGCUACAGUUCCGGCUCUUUUCAUCAGCUGGCUUUUGCUCGGCGCCAACCUCAACCACCUGACCAAGGCUCUCGGCGCCGCGCCCUUGUCGCAUAUUACCUUCUUUGGCUCCAUCGUGGCCAUGGAGGGUGUGUUUUUCAUGUAUUAUACCAGCUGGAACCUGUUUCAGAUCCUUCCUGUUGCUGGCGUGGUGGGCAUCGUCACCGUGCUGAGCGGCACUAAGGCUCUUGGAGAGGUCCAGAGCAGACGUCUUGCGGGGGAACGCUAAGCAGCAAAGAUGCACAUUUGGAGAUCGAUGCACGAAUACUUCCAUAAUUAGGCGUCUGCAAGCGGUCAAUGUGCGACUGACUUGUGUUGCACGCUAAGAAUGGCUGGGGAUGCUCAAGAUUAUCACCCAUAUAUACCACAGCGUGACUGAUUUGAUAGGCAAAACUAGAAAUGCAGACCAUGUACCAAGAACGGGUCAAAAUUCCAAGUUGCCUAGGGUGGUGGCGGCUUGAUUGUCUCUGUGAGGUCUGAUGAUGCCGCACAUCGGCCAUCCCACGACUGCUUCAAAGGAAGUAAGGGAGCAUCAAUGGGCCAAAAUUGCUUUUUAUCUAGGAAAUUUACCAUGGUCAAGAACCGCGGGAUUGUCACAAAGUGAGGUGGCUGGCAACGAUCGCAAUUUGAACCUCGUCUCUUUGGUUGCUUCGGUCACCUCAAACGGGAACGAGGUGAGAC